AUGUCCAACGAUGGUGAAUAUGGAAUUUUAUUGCACGAAAAAUUAAGCGACUGUAUUUCCGUGAACAAUACAACCACCGAUGAGGAAAAAGAAUCCACAUCGGUUGAUUUAGUUAUUUGUACUUCUGAUAGCGAUACUUCGUUGGAAGAUAACGAUUAUUUUAUCGAAGCGGAAUCCAGACAAACGCGUUUAAAAGAAAGACUAGCUACUUUACAAAUAGCGUUGGAAACAUUGCAAGAGCAGUUAAAGGAGGAAACAAACUUAUGGCGGAAAGAAGUUGAGGAGACGAUACUUCUUCAAAGGCAACAAGAGGAAAAAUUGGAUGAAUUUUGUUCUGAACACCAUUUAACGCAUAGUGAAUAUUUUCAAAGACAAUCGCUGCAGCUGCAGGAAGCUAUUUUAAAAGCUCAAGCGGCCAAAAGGGCGAAAAUUCAGAGGGAAAUUGCGAUAACUUCGUAUAAAACGCAGCUAUUACAAGUUGAAAACAUGUGCAACUUGGAAUUGACAAGAGUAAAGCAGAGCAAGCAAAAUUUGCAGCCGUUGCAAAUGAUUGCGUCCGAAUGGAAGAUGAAUGAUAAAGGUGAUUUUAACAGAGAUGAAGAAAGGCAUGACAACGAAAAUAUUUCUACGGCAAAUAGCCAGUUAAGCAUUGAGGAUUCAGUAAAGGAAUUGUAUAACAAUAUGGAUGAAAUGUUUAAUGAAUUAGCGUUCAAGUUCGCAGCUGCGGGCUCGGAAUUUGUUUUUCAAUGUGAACUAAAUGAGAAUUGUCAAGCAGCUGCAGCUGAGAUUCAAUAUGAAAAUGUAUAA